CUGAACGGCUCGGCCGCCGCCGGCCGCUUCGCCGCCGCGGGCACGGCAGCGCUGGGAGCGCUCAUGGCCCUGCUCAUCGCCGUCACCGUGGCGGGCAACGCGCUGGUGAUGCUGGCCUUCGUGGCGGACUCCAGCCUGCGCACCCAGAACAACUUCUUCCUCCUCAACCUGGCCAUCUCGGAUUUCCUCGUAGGCGCCUUCUGCAUCCCGCUGUACGUGCCCUAUGUGCUGACAGGGAGAUGGAUCUUCGGGAGAAGCCUCUGCAAACUCUGGCUGGUGGUUGAUUACUUGCUGUGCACCUCCUCGGUCUUCAACAUCGUGCUAAUAAGCUACGACAGAUUCCUCUCGGUGACAAGAGCGGUCGCCUACAGAGCCCAGCAAGGCAACACCAGGCAAGCGGUGCUGAAGAUGGUGAUGGUGUGGGUGUUGGCAUUCCUGCUGUACGGACCUGCCAUUAUCAGCUGGGAGUACAUAUCAGGCCAGAGCAUCAUCCCCGUCGGGGAGUGCUACGCUGAGUUCUUCUACAACUGGUAUUUCCUCAUGACAGCCUCCACGCUGGAGUUUUUCACCCCUUUCAUCAGCGUGAUGUUUUUCAACCUAAGCAUUUACCUGAACAUACAGAAGCGCACCAAAAUGCGCCUGGAUGUUUUCCACGAAGUGCACAACCAGUCCUUCACUGAAGAGAUGGAAAGGAGCCGAGAGGCAAAGCUUUCUCUGAAAUGCUGUAAGUGGGAGCAGAAGGAGUCAGCUGAAACCCUCGACCUCUCUAAGAGCAAAGCUCAACCAGCAGCUUCCAAUUCCAGCCUGGAUGCCAAAGACCUGCUGGCAACAAGCUCGGAGAGCUCCAGGAAACCCGAGUGUUGCAACAAGAAGAGCUGUAAAAAUUCAGCCUCCACUCUGCCCUCAGAGGUGAAGAUUGUGUCCCAGAGCACAACUCAACGCUUCAGGCUCUCUAGGGACAAGAAAGUGGCCAAAUCACUGGCAAUCAUUGUGGGCAUUUUUGGGAUUUGCUGGGCACCCUACACUCUCCUGAUGAUCAUCCGUGCUGGCUGCCAUGGCCAAUGCAUCUCUGAGUUCUGGUAUGAGACUUCUUUUUGGCUGCUGUGGAUCAACUCAGCUGUCAAUCCUGUCCUAUACCCUCUCUGCCACUCCAGCUUCAGAAGGGCUUUUAUUAAACUCCUUUGUCCCAAGAAGCUGAAGAUUCAGCCUCACUAUGCCCUUCAGAACUACUGA